GCUCUCAUUUCAUUCACACUCAAUCACUUUCUGACAACCUCAUUUCCAGAAAACCUCUGAAAUCUCCAUGAAAAUGGAACUCAAAUGAAUUUAUGAAACCCUCAAAUCUUCAACAAAUUCUCUCAUUUCCCUUCAAUCACUAAAAACCCUAAUUCCCCAAUUUCAACCCCACCACAAUGAAUUCUCUCACCUCAAAAUCAAAACCCAUUUACCAAUUUCUCCUAUCUAGAUCCUCCCCUUCUUCCUCACCCUCAAAAAUACUCUGUAUUUCUCUUUUUUCAACUUCAUCUUCAUCAGCAUCACCCAAUUCUUGCAAGAAUUACUCUUCCGCUCCUUCGCCGUCGCGGCGGCACGACGAAGUGAGCAAGAAUGUGAAGGUUUCAGUGUGGUGGGAUAUCGAGAAUUGCUCCGUACCAAAUGGGAUUAACGUGUUUAAGAUCACCCAUGGCAUAACUUCAGCUAUUAGAGAAAAUGGGAUUAAGGGUCCUGUUCAAGUUACCGCUUUUGGGGAUGUUGUAUGUCUUAGUAGGGCUAAUCAGGAAGCUUUGACUAGCACUGGUGUUAAUCUUGUUCACAUUCCUCGUGGUGGAAAGAAUAGCGCUGAUAGGUCCCUUAUUGUGGAUCUUAUGUAUUGGGUGUGUCAAAAUCCUCCACCUGCACAUAUCUUUUUGAUAUCAGGUGACAGGGAUUUUGCCGGUAUCUUACACAAAUUGAGAAUGAACAACUACAAUAUACUCCUUGCUGCAAAUACAGAAGGCAGGCAUAAUCUUAGUGUCCUUUGCAGUGCUGCAAGCAUCAUGUGGAACUGGAAUGAAUUAGCUAGAGGGGAACAUUUAAUUGGCUGGCAUUAUAACCAACCUCCAGAUGGCCCCUUCAAUUCUUGGUAUGGCCACCACAGAGGGCCUUUUGAAGAUCCCUAUGAAGUAUCUGACAAUUCAUCUAAGGUCGAGGUCUCCUCGGAGUCUAAUUAUCAUCCGGUUCCUGUAGUAGUUUUGAGGCAGCUACGUCGUAUUAUUAAUGCAUAUCCCAAAGGACUUACCAUUGGUGAAUUUCGAAAUGAACUGGUCAAAAUGAAAGUGCCUAUUGGUAAAAAUUACUAUGGUCAUAAUAAACUCUCUGUGUUUCUGAUGUCUGUACCCCACAUUUUAAAGAUUGAAUCUGGUCAUAAUGGUAUGUAUUUUAUACGUCCUGUAGCUCCAAAAGUUCGAAAAUCUGUAGAAGGAAAUGGUACUUCUGUAGGGUCCACUUCUGAAAAGAAACAGGAAGUAGGGGUGACUAGAAAAGAAUAUGGUCAGGCUAACACAAUUACUAGAAUGGAGGAUAUUAACCCACAAUUGCCCGUGUCACCAUAUAUUGACCGUGGAGAAAGAACACUGGAAGAUAUGGGAGGAAAUGUGACUCCUGAAAAUAAAGUGUUGGAUGUUGCUCAAAAAGACGAUCAAGUUGCUUCUACUAAUGCAGAGGUAGUUGAAAUUCCCGUGGCUCCAAAGGAAGAACAACAUUUGCUAAGUAAAUUUGGUAUGUUAAAACAACUAUGGUUUGGCACUGGUACAGAUGCUGAAGAGACAAGAUUAACCAAGGAUGUCAAGGAUGCCAAAAGUAAAAUACAUGAUAAAUCCGAUGCUUCUCCAGGAUUCAUUAGAAGGGUGAUAAGCUGGUGUAAUCCUUGGAGGAAUUCAUCUGUCAAGAAAUCAACUGAAAUAUCCAGCCAAGAGCCAGGCUGUAUAGAAGAAGACUCACAGAUGCUAGAUGGCGCUUUACAUUCAAAGAGACAUGAUCUGUUCUGUAAGGAUACUUUCUGGAGCGCUAUUCAAUCAUUCUUAAGAUCACGCAGAGGAUCAGACAUUGUCUUAAACUCAUCAUCCAGGGGACAACUUGCUGAAAGGCUUCAGAAGGAAGGACCUUUCAGUGUUCGACCUUUGCAAGAAAGUGAUCUUCAUCACUUGAUUGAUUUACUAGUUUCAGAAAAGGAAUGGAUCAAGGAGUUCCCUACUCAAACUCCUCGAUUUAAAAUUUUUCUCCCUACUGUGGAGAGCACUAAAGAAGUUCCACCUCAGAAUGUGCAGCCUCAACGUUCAAAUGGAUUAAGUUCUAUCUUCAAGAGUUCAUCUUCAGUAGAAAAACCUGAAACCAAGGUUUCCUCUGAUGUGCACAAGAAGCCCUCUGAAAGCUCCAGAGGUGAUGUCCUAGCAGAUUGUCAGAAGCUUUUGGAUGAACUUUUAUCACAAAACCCUGAUGGCUUCAACAUGGGAGUCUUCAAAAAGUCUUUCCUUUAUAAGUAUGGAUAUUCUCUUGAUCACCAAAAGCUUGGUUACCCAAAACUGGUAUCCCUCCUACAAAUAAUGCCUGGGGUGAAAAUUAUGGGUGGUUAUAUUUAUUCGGAUAGUGUGGUUUAUUCUAUUGGUAUUGAGUCUUUAGGCCUUACAGAUCAGUCGCCAGGUCCUGAUAGCGAUGUGUCUGAUUCACCACGGAAGAAUGUGGAUGGUGAAUCUCCAUGGGAAGAACUUGGGCCUGUUGCGAAACAGGAAAGUGAAUUCUCUCCAAGCCAAGUGAAUGGUAAAUAUGAGCCUUUUGUAUCAGAUGAUGAUGAAUUUUCAGAAUGGGAAGAGGACAUAACUACAUCCCAAGUCAAAGCAGAAGAUCAAAAUAGGUCAAGGAUGGAUGAGGAAGAUAGCUCGCUGCUGCAAAUCUUGGAUUCAUGGUACAGCACCAAGGACGAAAGCGAACCUCAGGAUCAUGGUUCUCAUGCCGAGGGUUUAGUAGAUUGUUCUGAGGAAUCUGAGCCGCCUCAAACAUCCAACAGUACCAACACUAGUGUCCAAGGUAAAGCUGCUGCUCUUUCUGCUUCUGCAUUUAACCAUGCACGAAAGCAGAGCUCACGAAAGAGCUAUAUGUUUGUUGCAGAUCCUAUAGAGACUAAGAAGGACAAGCUGAUUGAUGGAAUUUUGGGUAGCUUGAAGAAGUCAGGAGAUUCAAAGUUAUCCAAGAAGAGAUCCGGACCCACAGUCCAUUAAUUUGGCCAUAAAAGCCCAUUGCGGUGAUGCAGCCCACUUGACAAUACAUAAUACAAGCAAUCGUGGUAUUUCACAUAUUCUUAAGUGCACACUCAUGCACCUACAAAUAGGUGUAACAACAGCACAAUAUGAACAUUAGCUUUUCAGAAAGUGAACAUUAGAUUUUUUCUUCUUUAUUUUUCUCCUUCAUUUUUUAUUUUCUCUCUCCUCUGUUUUUUUAAUUUUCCCCCUUUUUUACACUUUUUUAAUUGAAUUUGUUUCUUACAACAUGAAAGUAGCUAUUAGGUAUGAUUUUUUGUGUAAAUUUCGAUUUUGUGCUUUAAUUUUGAUUGAUUAAGUUAUAUAUGAAUCUUUGAAUUCACAAAUUAUACUCUAUUUUUUCUCCUUCCUUCUUUAAUUCCUUUUUCCUCUGUUUUUUUCCCUAUUUUUCUCGUUUUUUUCGAUUUAACGAUUGAAUAUGUUACUUACAAUAUGGAAUUGGUUGUUUAUUUAAUUUUUUAAAUUCAUAUGAAUUGAUUUUUUUUUUAUUUAGCUUCGAUCAAUUUCAUUUGUGUAUGAAU